AUGGCGGUGAACAGUGCCACGUCCUUCGUGUUAUCUUCAAUUUUGACUCUCCUCAUAUUUUCGGGGAUGCAGAUGUACAAACCGCUUUUGAUAAGGUCACCAGUGACUAUAAUAUUCGGCGGCUAUCUCGGUUCAUUGAUGUUCAUGUUCUUUGUUACAGCCAUAGGUAACUUAGAAGCAACAUUAUUUGGCAAGAACUUCCAACUGAAGUUGCCCGAAGUAGUCAUUUCUAUGGCUAUUUCUUUAAUAGCGGCUGGUAUGGUGCACAGAAUCUGCUUCACUACAUGCUUAAUAUUCUCUCUAAUAACAAUCUACUAUAUGAACAAGUUGUCACAAAAGACGUAUGCGGCAUCAGCCCCAGUUGCAGUGCCCACCAAGAGUCGACGCCAUAAAUGAAUUGCUAAUUAUAAGUGAUUUUUUAUAUACUUCCCAAUUAAAAUCAUUUCAUAA